AUGUUUAUAGUCCGAGGUCCAAUAGCGGGUACUAUUCUAAUCGAGUGGAACGUCCACGAGUCAUUCCAAGGCUCUGCUGGUCUAUGGGAUUCUCACUUCAGAGUUGGGGGUGCUGAGGGCAGCCAGCUUCAGGCUGCCGACUGCCCCAAGCUUCCAGACGAGACCAGCCCUGCUUGCAUUGCGGCAUCCCUUAUGCUUCACAUCACACCCAAGGCUUCGGCGUACCUUAAGAACAUCUGGGUGUGGGCAGCGGACAAUGAUAUCGACGACAAGAAGCAGGCCAGUAUCAACAUAUACGCAGCACGGGGUAUUCUCAUUGAGAGCACAGGCCCUACCUGGCUGUGGGGGACUUCGGUUCAGCACUGCGCUAUCUACCGGUACCAGCUUUCAGGUGCUGAGAACGUCUUUCUGGGUCUUAUCCAGACCGAAUCUCCCUACUACCAGCCUCAUCCUGCUAGCCCAGGGCCGUUUAGUGAGCAGCUGGGCGCCUUUGCCGAUGAUCCGAUAUUUGGCGACUGCCGACAAGAUUCCCGCUCUUGCCGGCUUUCGUGGGCGGCCCGCGUGAUAGAUUCCAAGACCAUCUACAUUCUGGGUACCGGCAUGUACUCCUGGUUCCAGGAGUAUGACGGCAAGUGCAUCGACAAUGGCAAAGGCGACUGCCAGGACAAGGUCUUUUACACGGAACAGACGUCGGACAUCUGGAUCUACAGCCUCGUCACCGCCGGUGCGGUUGAGAUGAUCAGUCCUUUCAACGGUCAGCCGGUCAACGCGACAGACAACCGCAACGGCUUCGCAUCCUCUCUACUCGCCUGGCGAGGGGGCAUCAACGGCACAACGGGCUGGCGAGACUUUGACGGCUACACUCUGUACAAUCCCGAUGCGGCUGGCAUCGAGAACUUUACAAGGGCUUGCCAGAAGGCGCUGACGGCCAAGAUCAAGUGCCAUCCGCUAACCCGGGACUUUACCGACGCCCGAGUCCACGGUCCGUUAGGCGGAGCACCUUCCCGGAUGACCUGGGCUUGUGCAGACGGAUGCAAGAAGUCGAUUGAGUAUUGGGUCGAGUCAGUCGAGAAGCUUUGCAAGGGCCAGACUUGGUCCAACGGCACGGUGGCCGAGUACCAGGGAGGUUACAUUCAGUAUGGGCUGAUGGAGCAGUGUCAGAAGGACGACCAGUCGGGCAGAUGGUGCAGCGAUGUCAUGGCUGAGUUCAAGGAUUUCGGAACUUCUGUCAGUUGGGAUGAUAUGCACAAAGAGGAGCUAUGCUCGGACUGCUACGUCGGACGGCUGCGGAUGAUGCAGGCCAGUCCCUACUCAGUCUACGGAUUGGUUUCCGAGUAUCAAGACGCCCUGCAACACGUAACGGCGCGAUGCGGUCUCAAGGGCCAGGAUCUCAAGCCUCAGCCGUCGGUAUUCCCCACCAAACCCAAGGCCGAGACGUGGUGCCUCUCUGAGAAGACAUAUGACACCCGCAAGGGAGACACCUGUGAUUCGGUUGCACAGAACUUCAGGAUCUCUUCGGCAUCUAUUGUUAUCGGUAACUCGAACAUAGGUAGGUGCUCUAAUCUUGACGCCGGUACCAAGCACUGCCUAUCGCUGGAGUGCAAGACGUAUACUCGUCAGAAGGAUGAGAGCUGCGUCGACAUCUACAUCAAGACAGGCGUCAGCCUCUCCUCCAUCAAGCAGUACAAUCCCUGGCUCACGAGGGGCUGCAGCAACAUUGAGUCGGCGAGCAAGAAAUACGGCAACAUUCUUUGUAUUUCCCCCGUCGGCGGCGAGUUUGAGAGCAAUGUGAACAAGCCGAGGGGAGCCGGCGGCUUCGGCUCUACCUCCCAGUACACGGACAAGGCGACCGCUCCUCCAGGAAAUUCGAAUCUGGCCGAGGGCACCACGGACAAGUGCGGUCGUUGGCACGUUGUUAAGCAGGGAGAAAGCUGUGCGAGCGUCACGCAAAGCUUCAUCACAGCCUCGGUCUUCCGGAUGGUUAACCCUUCUCUCCUAGGCAGAGAUUGUAGUGAGAAGCUGAUACCUGGCCGAGCGUACUGCACAGGGCCAGUCCGUGGCUGGGCUAAGACUGGGAAGAAGAACUAA